AUGCUGCGGGCGGCGCUGGGGCGCGCCCCGGGGCUGCUGGGGCCCGGCCUGAGGCGGCUGUGGGGCCGCGGCGCCCGCCCGCAGGCCGUGAGGAGGCCGUGGGGCGCGCGGGGCUCGAGCUCCGAGCCGGGGCCCGCGGCGGCGCGCAGGGAGUCGGCGGGGCCGCGCUACCAGCUGGUGUACACGUGCAAGGUGUGUGGGACCCGCUCCUCCAAGGGCAUCUCCAAGCUGGCCUAUCACCAGGGCGUGGUCAUCGUGACCUGCCCCGGCUGCCGCAACCACCAUGUCAUUGCCGACAACCUGGGCUGGUUCUCAGACCUGGACGGGAAGCGGAACGUGGAGGAGAUCCUGGCAGCCAGGGGGGAGAAGGUGCACCGAGCGUCCGUGUCCGGCGAGGGGACCCUGGAGCUGCUGCCGGAGGCCACGGGGGCCCCCACACCUCUUGCUGCUCCAGAAGGGGCCCAGGACAAAGACCCCACCUGCCCUGGCAGGAUGGAGCCCAAAUGA